AAACACUCCAACUUCAUAAUCUAGGCCUCCUCUAACCUGGUUCAAGCAACACUGCCAAAAUGCCAGAACAGCAACAGUCAGGACUCCAGCUCAGAGGCAAUCAAUGCAACAUGACAGACAUAUUGCAGAGAAUUUCCCUUUCCAAGCCACCUGUGGACCAGGGUAUGUACAGUUCAUUGUACAUAUCAGACUAUAAGCCAUAUUCUGAAUACUACCAGCAUCCACCUGUCAUGGACCGCUCACAGAAGCUGAAACUGGAAGCCCAACUGAAGCAAAAGGAAUUUGCAAAGCCUGUUGAAAAGGAGCCUGUAAGAUAUGUUGAAGAACCUAUUUGUCAGGAGGUUGUUCCACCUUAUCCUAUAAGAAUGGAUCCGAGGGUGUCAAAAGUCCAAGGAGCUCCACUAGUGUUCCAAGAGAUCCAAGACGAUCAAAGGAAUGACACUCCUCCUACUGAGUCAAGUCCAAUCCACCCAAAAGAAGGCGAGAGACUAGAUCAGCAAACAGAUGGAUGCAUCCUGCAAGCUAACAUAGAUGGACCCUGCUUCAAGCAAGAACAGGGCCAGAACUGGAGUGAUUAUCAACAAUUUCUCUUGGAAUCACGACGAUCUAGUCAAGCACAAGUUAAAGAAAUUAAGAAAUUGAACCGGGAAACAUCUGUAUUUCCAAAAGAUUACAUCGGCAGUACAGAGGCAAGUACUUACCAAAGGGAUUACAAAUACUGGCCUAGAGACCGCAGUGGAUAUUCUCGAGCAAAUCGGAAUUUCUCCAGCCUUUUCCUUGAAGAUUCCUACUACAAAGGCCACCCUUGGAUGUCAGAAUAUAUGGACAACUAUAAUAUUUUCCUGAAGAAGUUACAAUGGUCUACUCGGAAUCCUGUGUCGUCUUUCUGCUCUGCAGUGAAGCCUAUACCCCAUCUCUCCCAUGGGAUGCCCUCACAGACUCCAAUAGCAGUGAACACAGCCCUCUGA